GCCGGUGGCUCGCGCUACGAUUUUUUCAAAGUAAGAGUUCUCCACUGAGGCGCUGUAAGUCCUUCCACUCAGCAGCUGGGGACGCCCGAGGUGAAGUUUCUUAUUACGAAGAAUUCAACGCCGUUUCUUCAACACUCCAUAAUUAAUUUAACAUUUUAAGUUUAUCUGAAGUGUGCCGUUUUUUAUAAGCGUUUAACACAAUGAGUAAACGUGUAGCAGUGGUAUUAGCAGGAUGUGGGGUGUUUGACGGAAGUGAAAUUCACGAGACUUCUGCAGUGCUGGUGCAUUUAAGCCGACAUGGAGCUACUGUGAAAAUAUUUGCACCCAACAUCGAGCAGAUGCAUGUUGUAGAUCAUUUAAAAGGUGCCCCUACAGAGGAGAAGAGGAAUGUUCUUGUGGAAAGUGCUAGACUUGCCCGAGGUGACAUUCGUGGUCUGUCAGAGCUCAGCAUAAAGGAGUUUGAUGCCGUCAUUUUCCCAGGUGGCUUCGGAGUUGCAAAAAACCUGUGCAGCUGGGCAGUGCAGGGUAAAGACUGCAGUGUGAAUGAGCAGGUAAAGGUUGUUCUUCAGGCCUUCCAUGAUGAAAGAAAGCCUAUAGGCUUGUGCUGCAUUUCACCAGUGCUGGCAGCUAAAGUUUUUCCAGGAUGUGAAGUAACAGUUGGCAAUGACAAGGAUAAAAGGUCUCCUGAUGUCGCAGAGACUGCUGAAGCCAUCACUCAGCUGGGCUGCAAACACAUCUGUAAGAAUGUAAAUGAAAGCCAUGUGGAUGAGAAAAAUAAGAUUGUCACCACCUGUGCUUUUAUGUGCAAGGCCCCUCUUCAUGAGAUAUUUGAUGGAAUUGGUGUGAUGAUUCAGGAUGUUCUUAAACUUGCCUAAAUCCACAAUAGUGAAAGAAUUGCCUAAGUGCCAAUGUAUUUAGUAUAAUGAAAACAUUUUUUACAUGUUCCCUGCUACUGUGUUGCAAUAUUACUUGUUGCAAACUGUAACCUGUCAUUAAAAACAUAUGACCCCAUGAAC